AUGACGAUGAUAUCAGAUCUUUCGAGGGAUUUGCUAGAGGAAAUACUCUCUAAAGUUCCAAUAACCUGUCUACGAGCGGUGAGAUCUACUUGCAAAUUGUGGAAUGUUUUAUCCAAAGAUAGGGUUUUAUGUAAAACAGACAUAACGGAUCAGUUUAUUGGAUUCAUGGUGAAGGAGUAUAAGAUUUGUUCAAUGAGAUUCAGUCUCCAUGGUGUGGGUUCGUCUAUAAAAGAGAUAGGUAAUUUAUUUAAUCAAGUUGAGAUAUGUAAUAUCAUUCAUUGCAACGGUUUGUUGUUAUGCGUCACCAAGGAAGACAAUAGGCUCGUAGUUUGGAACCCGUACUUGGGACAAACAAGAUGGAUCCAAAUUCAACACAUUAAUAGUUACCACAGAUUAGAGUCAUCAUACAGAUAUGCUUUCGGAUACGACCACAAAAACCAUAGCCACAAAAUCUUGAGAUUUUUGAAUGUAAACCGGUACGAACUCUAUGAUUUUAGCUCUAAUUCAUGGAGGAUUCUUGAUAUCAUUCCGGAUCAUGAAAUAUUGUAUUGGCGACGCGCUGUUUCUUUAAAAGGAAAUACUUAUACUUUGGCCAAAGAAAAAACAUUAGUAGACGAAGAUGUAGUAGGAGAGGUAGAGAUAGACGAGCCUCCUAAUUUCUUACUAUGUUUUGAUUUCACAAGAGAGAGUUUCGGACCGGUUCUACCUUUACCGUUUCUGCACUAUAAUGAGGAUAUUGGGACUCUGUCUACUCUUAGAGACGAGAAACUCGCGGUAUUAUAUCAGCGCACGGUUUGUCCUGAGGUAGAGAUUUGGGUGACAACCAAUAUUGAGCCGGAUGCAGUGUCAUGGACCCCUUUUUUAAACAUUGACAUGAAACCACUCGACCGUGGUUUUCAGUACGGCCUUUGCUCUGAGGCCAGCUUCUUCAUUGACGAGGAGAUGAAAAUCGCUGUGGUUUUCUAUAUAUACGAAGCUGAGAAAAUGGGCAAGACCCGCUCUUACCAUUCAGUUUACACCAUUGGAGAGAAUGGAAGCCUGGACAAUUUGGAUCUUGGAGAUGCUGUGUAUCGCGAUGUCUCUAUGCUAGAAAAUCGGUAUUGUCGCCCACUUGUGUGCUCGUAUGUUCCAAGUUUAGUGCAAAUCAACUAACUAGCUUUAGCUUUAUUUCUUGCUUGCAUCUUCCUUGUUCGUUUUUUUGUUUUUUUUUGUUUUCCAAUGUCAUUCGUUCUGUUUUUUUUUUCUUUUUCUGGCAACAUGUCAUUGGUUUUGUUAAAAUAGUUAUUCUCCUCUUU